CGUAGACUUGGGCUCGUCUUUUCUUACCAAGAAUCAAGAAUCCAAAGCGCCAAAGGAAAUUGUGCGCGCCAAGCCAGACUUCAGAAAAAAAGGAGCAAACAGUAGAACGGCCAAUGAAGUAAACACACGGUGCAGACCCCACCAGACUGUAAAGCGACGUAUUGUUUCAUGUCUGAAGAUCCCAAGAGGCAUGUUCCGAGUAUUUUCAAGAACUUUGCUCAGUGCCCACCGUCGCUUUAACUUCAACUCCUGCCCCUGCAGAACCCAUCACGUUACUCGCGCACUCAUGUCCACCAACGCCGCCGUUAAGCGAGUGGGCACCCACAAUGGAAGCUUCCACUGUGAUGAAGCCCUCGGCUGCUUCAUGAUUCGUCUCACCGAAAAGUUCUCCGGUGCUCAUAUUGUUCGCACUCGGGACCCUCAGGUGCUGGAAUCGCUUGAUGCGGUACUCGAUGUGGGUGGUGUUUAUGAUGCCUCCAGAGAUCGUUAUGAUCAUCAUCAGAAGGGUUUUGAGGAGGUUUUUGGGCAUGGAUUUAAUACUAAGCUCAGUAGUGCUGGCCUUGUUUACAAGCAUUUUGGAAAGGAGAUAAUAGCUAAGGAGCUUCAAGUUGAUGAAGAGCAUCCAAAUGUACAUCGAUUGUUUCUUGCAAUUUAUAAGAACUUUAUGGAGGCAAUUGAUGCUAUUGACAACGGAAUCAAUCAGUAUAAUACAGACCAGCCACCAAGAUAUGUGAAUAAUACACACUUGUCUUCACGAGUCGGAAAACUAAAUUUGGAUUGGGUAGAUCCUGACCAGUCCGCUGAGAAGGAAAAUACAGCAUUUGAACGUGCAAUGGCUCUUGCUGGAAAUGAGUUUCUGGAUUGUCUCUGCUAUCUUGUGAGAUCAUGGCUACCAGCUCGGUCAAUUGUGAUGGAAUGCAUUGAAGCAAGGCUAGAUGUUGAUCCUAGUGGAGAAAUUAUGGUCUUACAUAGAAGUUGCCCUUGGAAACUUCACUUGUUUGAGCUUGAGGAGGAGAUGAAGAUUAGCCCACUUCUUAAAUAUGUCAUUUAUCAGGACGACCGAAGCAACAACUGGCGAGUUCAGGCAGUGAAAAUAGCACCAGAUAAAUUUGAAAGUCGGAAGGCCCUUCCUGCCCAGUGGCGAGGUCUGCGAGACGACGAAUUAUCCAAGGAGUCAGGAAUUCCUGGUGGUGUUUUUGUCCAUAUGAGUGGAUUUAUAGGUGGAAAUCAAACGUAUGAAGGUGCACUUGCAAUGGCAAAAGCUGCUUUGGAGCUCUGACCAUAAGACAUAAAAAGGUGCUCUCUAUGCUACUUCUUGUGCGAUGUGUGUUAAAAGGUGUCUUGACUUUCAAGCUAGCAUAACAUAUGCGAUUUUAUGGAUGAUGUCGGACAAUUUCUCAUGUAAUUGAAAGAAAGUUUGCAUAAUUUCAUCCUCUUUUUUCUCUUGGAUACUGUAGUGUAUAUGACUAUAUAUAGCCGUACAUAUAUCCAAGAUUUUUUUCAAAAUCUUGACUAUUCA